CACAUGCUUCACACCCGGAAGUAGAAAUUCGUCAUUGGUUCCAGUGUGAUUGCAUCUGUCAGUUUCUGUACUUCAUCUUCGUUGUGUUUCAAUCAUAUACUGCACCAAAAUGUCCGACACAAUGAUUAAAGUGUAUAUGACAUCAGUACCUAGUAACAACGCGGUAAGGAAAAAACAGCAGCAUAUCUUUGAUAUAUUAACAGCCAGAAAAGUUCUUUUCGAGCAAAUAGAUAUUACUGCACCUACUAAUGAAGAGGAGAAGAAAUUCAUGAGGGAGCAUGCAAAAUGUUCACCAAAUACAAAAGUGCCGUUACCUCCACAGAUUUUUUCUGGGGAAAAAUAUAUUGGGGAUUAUGAUCAGUUUUAUGAGGCAGUAGAGGAAGAUGAUAUUGAUGUUUUUCUCGGACUUGCAACAAAGACAGAGGUGUCCCAAGCACAAGUGGAAGUAACAGGGGAAGAGGAAGAAUCAGAAAACAAAAAGGAGGAUGAGGAAAAAUUGAAAGCUGAUGAAGGAGAGAAAGAAUCUGAAGAUAAGGACAAAACUAUAGAGGAAGUUGCUGAAGAGGACAAAAAGAAGGAAGAUGAAAAGACAGAUGAUGAAAAGAAAGCUGAUGAAAAAAAAGAUGAAACAGAUGCUAAAAAGGAAGAUGAGAAGAAAGAUGAUGAUAAGAAAUAUGAUGAUGAGAAAGAAGAGAAAAAAGAGGAAGAGAAAAAAGAUGAUAAAAAACUGGUUUUUAAGAUGAAGAAAGAUUACGAUGAAGAUGAAGAAGACGAUCCUUGGGGAGCUUUCGAAACUAAAGAUGAUGAAGAAUCUAAAGAUGAGACAAAAGAAGGAGAAUCAAAGACAGAGGACAAGGAAGAAGAUACUGAAAAGAAAGAGGAUAAGGAAACUGAAGGUAAAAAAGAGGAAGAAAAGGCAAAAGAGGAUUCUGAUAUUAAGAAACCUCUUGUAUUUAAAAGGAAAACAGAUUAUGAUGAAGAUGAAGAAGAGGAUCCAUGGGGAGCUUUUGAAUCAAAAGAAGAUGAAGUUAAGGAAGAAACUAAGGAAAAGAAAGAUGAAGAACCUAAGGCAGAUGAUAAAGAAGACAAAAAGGAUGAGAAAAAAGAAGAAAAGAAAGUAGAUGAAACCAAAGAAGAAAAGAAAACAGAAGAUGCUGAUGACAUUAAGAAACCACUUGUUUUCAAAAGGAAAAAGGAGUAUGAAGAUGUUGAGGAGGAAGAUCCAUGGGCUGCUUUCGAGUCUAAAGAAGAUGAAAAUAAAGAAGCUGAAAAUAAAGAAGAAACAAAGGAAGAGGAUGUUAAAGAAGAUGGCAAGGAGGACACUAAGGAAGAGAAGAAGGAAGAAGCAAAGGAAGACAAGGUAAAAGAAACAGUAUCAGCCAAAGAAGAGGUGAAAGAAGAACCAAAAGCUGAUGUAGUAAAAGAAGAAGAAAAAGAAGAGAAGAAAGAUGAGAAAAAAGAAGAUGAUGAUGAUUGGAGAAAGCCAUUGACUUUUAAGAAGAAAAGACAGGAGACAGAGGAAGAAGAUUUGUGGGGAAAUAUUGACAAUGAUGAAUCCACAGAAAAGAAAGAAGAAGACAGUUCUAAAGAAACGAAAGAAGAUGAUAAACCAGUAGAAGAAGAAACCAAAGAAGAACUAAAAAAGGAAGAGGUAAAAGAAGAGAAAAAGGAAGAUAAACCAAAAGAAAUAAUAACAGAAGAAAAGAAGGAAGAAACAAAAGCAGAAGAAAAAGUUGAAGAAACUAAAUCAGAGGAAAAAAUUGAGGAACCAAAAGUAGAGGAAAAGGUUGAGGAACCAAAAGAAGAAGAAAAGAAAGAAGAGGAAACCAAUGCAGAUGAUGGUGAUGAGGAAGAUUUCUGGGCAUCUUUGGGUAAAGAUUAAAUAAACAUGGUGCUGACAUGACAAUUUCACAAACAUUCAGAUGGCUUACCAUAGAUAUAUAAUAUAUAUACAAAGGAGCAACUACACCAAAUACAAGAUUCUUGUAUGACAAGGAACAUCCAACCUAAAACCUCUUAACCUCUUCACAGACUACAUACAGAUAGAAUGCAAUCAUUUGAUUGGCUAUUUUAAGUUAAAUAUAAAUACCAACCAAUCAUAGAAUGUGUUACAUUUUUUUUGUGUAACAAAAUAUUGGAUUGAAGAAGGUUUUUGAUUGGUCUGUCAACCAUUAUGAUCACAUUUUCUUCAGAUAUUUAAAGUAAUAUUUAAUGGGUCUAAAAAUGAUAUUAAUGUUCAUUUUUUGUAGCCAUUUAAUAAGUAAUUAAUAGAAUCAUGCAGACUUGAUUGCUAAAAAUCCUCCUGAUAUUAUAUAAUAACCAUCUUCAUUUUUACUUGGGGUUUUGCAUUGAACAAUUAUUAUUACAGUAAAAUCAAAUCUUUUUGUAUCCAUUUCACAUAGAUGCGUAAGAUAUGCUUGUAUUAUUUGUUAUGUUCACUAUUAGAUUAAUGCUCAUUAAAUUCAUGUAAAUUGUAUCUUCUAAAUAAGUGCCAUUAUUAUAUUUCGAUAUUUAGUUUCAUGUCUAUGAAUGUGGCCUAAUUAAAGGAAGAGAGCACUACACAAAUGAUUUGAAAGGAGAGAAAAAAUGUUAGAGCAGAAUUUUGUAAAAUUUGAUUGGUAUUUUAAACAUGCAAGAUGGGUUUGUUUGUUUUUUUCAAUCUACAAAACAAGUAACAUUGUUUACAAAUAAGUUUAAGAUUAGCAUUUUUGUUCAGAGGUAAAAAUUAAGUUAUGUAAAAACCUAUACUUGCAAGCUAAACUGUAAAAUUGUCCUUUUAUUGUGUUUUAUAGUUUUUAAUCACAAAAACCUUUGAUGUUGUUUACAUGCAAUUGAGACUGAAUUUUGAUGUUGAAUAUGCAUUAGUACAUACAGAUGGGGACAAAAAUAAAUGAGAUUCUCAAUGUUAUAUUUAGUAAAUGUAUGUUGCUCCAGCCAUGCAAUAGUAUUUUGUACUCAAUCUGUGAAUUUUUGUGUGUAUUUUUAUUACUUUUUUAUCACUCUAUAUAAUAUGUAUGAUGGAUUACCCAACAUGAUAAACUUACAUACAUGUAUUUAUAUCUACGCCAUGCAUUUAUGUAUAUAUAUGAUAUAUGGUAUUAUUAUAAUGAAAUGUAUAACCAUUAUUAUUAUUUUCGAGGUGAAAGAAUUUUGCUUUAGUACUUUGUUACAUUUCUUGAUAUAUGUUACGAGUGUAGGUAAAUAUUUUUGUUACAUUAUAAUGUCAGAUCUGUAAAUGAGCCGCGUCACGACAUAAUGCAUUUGCGCAGUCUGAUCAGGAUCCAUGCUGUUUGCUUACAAAUCCUAUAACAAGUAGUGAAAGUGAUAGCGAACAGCAUGGAUCCUGAUCAGACUGCGCGGCAGGCUGGUCUGGAUCCAUGCUGAUCGCAAAUGCAUUAUGUUGGUUUUGUCGUGACGUGGCUCAAAUGUUUUGCUAUUGUCGUGAAUGUCCCGACUGCUUAACCUUACCUGUGUUCUUCCCUGUUUGCACCUUAAAUAGUCUUCUCACCAAAACAAGGAGUUAGGAUAGAAUCAUUUGUUAUACACGUUACUUAAUGUCACAAGUAGAUAAAAAAAAUUUAGAAAAAUUUAGUUUUCCACUGAUUGUUAAAUCACAUAAAUUCACUUCCUCGCAAUGUUACUAGUCAGUGUGUAUUUUACUUGUCACAUAUUAAAAAACAACAGGUUUUUAAAAAAUAACCUAAAUAUUAAAAUAGUUUGAAUAAAUUUGUUCGGUAAAUUGAGUUGAAUGCAUAAUAAUUCAGUAUGCAGUGUUCUAGGGAUUUUUUUUUUCGACUCUAGAGAUAUUACUGGAUACAUUCUUUGCUGAUAAACAAGUAAUAGAACUGGAUCAGGACUGGUUUAUUUAUUUGGUUCUGGUUUAUUAACUUGGUUCUGUUUGGAUUUUUUAGGGUUUAAGAAAUUCGCAUUUCUGCAGAUUUUAAAAUAAAACACCAUUAUAGCAGCAUUAAUUUUAAAAGUUUGUUUUGUUAUGACUUGUUUAUGUAUACAUGUUGUUGUUGUUUUUUUCUAAUUUUUGGACAAAACUUUUUUUUUACUUCCAAUACAUCACAAUUUACACAGUGAUUAUUUGUUCAAAUCUGUUUAUGAAUUUUUUUUUGAUAAAAAUAUUAUAAAAGACGUUUACUUACAAUUCACCAUAGAAAUUUUAGAGUGCAUGAAAUAUCAUAUAAGGAAAGGGAAAUAACUUGCCUAAUAUUCAAAUUUUUUCCAGACUGGGUCCAAGGUUAUAAAGAAAUUCUCUGAGCUCAUACUUUGGUCUCAAGAAUUUGAUUGGUCAGAAACUGCCACAAAAUGUUAAUUGACCAAUGAAAAUCCUUUGAUUUGAGACAGAAUUCAGAAAAAAACUUUUAAAACCUCCAGGUCUGGAAAAUUUGAGUCUGGAAAAAAAAGCCAAAAACCAGAUCAAUAUCUGGUCUGAACAUGUGAUAGAAAUCAUAGAAUCAGCCAAAUCUGGUGCUUAAGUAUUUGAGAAUGGUCUUCUAUUUCAAGUUUUAUCAUUCUUAACCUUUAUUUAUCAUACCUUCUUUUGAACCUUGCAACUUACAUCAAGUCAUGUUUUACUUUGCUACAAUCACAGAUUUAAGAAUAGUUCUGAAAUGAAUUUGUUAUAUAAACUGUUCUCUUUGUGUGAUCAAAUAACAGAAAAUACAACUGUAUUUGUUAGUUUGUGCAAUAUAACCUCAUUAUUAACUUCAGAUAUAAAUUAAUGUUUCAUGGUUCUCUAUGUGAAAGUUGUAUCUUUUAAUACCAGCAAAUAUCAUUCAAACUUAGUAAAAAUUUGAAAAUGCCCAUCUUUGCAAACAGUAAUGUCUUUCAACAACGAUAUUUAAAUGAAAUAAAGAUACAUCUUACAGUAAUGCUUUUCUCCUGAAAACACUCUCAGAUCAUUGUGUUAAACAGUUAUAUAAAAAGCACUCACUUUUAUAGCUCAUCAUUACUGUUGGCAAAUGCUUGCCAUUAUAUUACAUGAAGAUAAUGGCAAAUUAAGAUAUAGUUUACAAUAUAGGGAACUAAGGUAACGUUGAACUGUGCUUGCCAUUACAAUGUUGUCUAAUCAGCAGCUAUAUGGACUGCCUUACAUUACUAGUUUUCUAAUUUCUCUCGGCAAUAUGUACAGUAUAUCCCAUCAUUCCAUACCAUUAAUUUGUAUUUACUCUCAAAUAAAAUGUGAUAAAUUG